GCUGUGUCUGCGCACUUUGCGAUCUGCUCUCCACUCUCCAGCCAGUCUGAGCCAGUCCAGCCGCUCCUCCAAGGGGCAUGGCGACUGCAUGCAUGUUCUGUCUUGUUGGUGCAUGCAAAAAUCCGGAAAAAUCAUAUUUUUAUGCACCUUGCUCUCCUCUCUCCCUUCCCUACUAUUUCUUUAGUUGGCCACAUACAACACCAGCGCUCAAGAGCUCGACGCUGAUUGGGCACAGAAACCGACUCGCACCAAAAAAAAGUGAACCAAACUCCUUGGAACCAAAGGCGCUUUCCUCGGGAUACGCAGCGGAGAUCAUGAAGAUCCUGGGUGCACUUCUGUUCUAUGAAGUUUUGUGGGUCGGACACGAACUCCUGAGGAGGAUCUGGUGCGAAUUUUUUGUGGAAGAUCUGCUCAACUGCGAUGGAAUCCACUGUGGCGAAUGGGCGGGAGAGCCGGGAGAUCAGACACAACAGGAGACAGUCGGAACGGUCUCUCCAAAUCCAAAUAUGACUGUUUGCUUCCAGAUCGACAAGAUCUUGCAUUACAUUGCAGCAAUUGUUGCGAAUGCGAUUACUGGAUUCUUCUUUGCGCUUGGUCUCGCCACCUUCGAACUACUGGCCGCACUGGCCGCCAGACUUUGAGGGCCACCUGCAGUCCAGCAACACCAAUAGGCUGCAGCCAUGUCGUGGAUAAGAAGUAUUGUAAAUUUAAAAUUGUAAUUAAUGCUGAAAUGUUGUAAUAUACCGUGUACCAAAUUUCAAAUUAAAGAGAUGUUUUUGGUCUAUCUGAAGCUGCCCAUCAAUUUAAUUUCUGUC